GCGCUGGUUCGGUGUUUACCGAUGACGUUGUGCUCCGAGCACCGAAACCCAGUUUUAGUGGUCACGUGAGGUCACGUGGAGUACCGCACCCCCUCCCCCGCGUCAUCGAGCGCCUCGGCUUGGAGUCAUUAUUCGAUAUUGGCAUCAAGAACUUGCGAGUGAAAGACGAGCGGCGAGCAACGAGAUGGAUCCUGCUGAAGAGGUGGCUGCCGGGCAGCUCUCUGCUCUGCUAUCUGCGCUUCAGUUCCCUUCGUCAGAUCCUGCGAGCGCGGUGCCGCUGCUUAGAGACUGCGUGCGCCUGCUUCCUGAUCUCAAAUAUGCCCGCGAUGUCGCUGCUCUGACGCGGAUGAUCAUGCUCUCGCCUUCGAUAUGGCCUGAUGAUAGUCAGAUUCUUACGCAAGCGACGGCGCACCCGGUCGGGCUUUUUGUUCACGAUGCGUUCAGGACGGUGUUGCGUGUGCGCGCAAACUCGAAAGCUGUGGUGUCGCAUCCGUCGGCUAAGGACGAUACGACCUUGUUUGUGAACGCGAUGAUUGCUGGUCUUGCAACGUGUGCAAAUGUUCCUAGUCAUUGCGUUUGCGCUUUGGCUGGCAUCAUGUCCGCGUCGCCCGUUGCCGGGGCUAUGCGUGAAACACAGUCUGCGUUUGUCGAAGCACUGAACAACAUCUCUCAUAACGCACCGGCUAUUGACGAUCCGGUAUCGUUCUCAAUCAGCGCCACGGUCGCGUACUCAAUCACAUCUCAAUCAUUCAAAGCCAAGAUCCAUGUAUCUCCAAGUCUGCUGUCAAUCCUCGCAAACGUACUCUUCGCGCCUGAAAUGCAUGCGGACGUCAAACCCUACGCUGGCCCGCUUGCUCUCUUCACGGGCGAGCUCUACAGAUUCAUGGCCACAUCCUCAGAUCUCAAUCUAUCACUGAUACCGCUUAGUAUAAUAUUUGAGUCUUCAGUGCGUUUCAGGCGCGUCGAGGCCGCUAAAGAGACCGCGUUUGCUAUGGUGUCAGUCCUGACUGGUCUUGCCGAUGGAAUACAAUCGCGCGCCUCCCGGAAAUGGCAUAUGUUUGCGGGCCCGGAUGCUUUAGAGGUUGAUAUCAGCAAACAGAUCAUUUUGAUUCUACGGAACCUUUCCACCACAGUCUAUCGCAUGUCGGUCGAUGGCUUUGCGGCCCAGUCGUACCUACACAGCGCCGCCGUCGGCAUCCUGCUCUCGAGCGGCUAUCCGCCCGUCGACGAUCUCGUCAAGGACUUACAGACCACAGAUGCUGAUGCCGAGCUGCUUUUCGAACUCAACACGGCUGAGAAAAUCUUGCUGUCAUCACCCGCGUCAUCACCUUUGCCUUCUUCCGUGUUGGCUCAGAUCGUGAAACCGGCGCAGAAGAUUAUAGCGGCCACGACGAAACCCAGCGGGUCGUCAAUCAGUCGCGGGAUCUACGAGGCGGCGCACGCGGUCUUUUUGGCGUCGCUGUUUAUCCCCGCGCUCGCGAUCGACAACGUUCGCUACGUUCAUAGUACUUAUCUACCAUCAGUUCUCGUCCUGUACGAGUCAAACAUCAUAUCCGACAAGCAGCUCACUGCGGUCGUGCGCUCUCUUUCAAGCGCGUUCACGCCAGGAAGCGGGAUCUUGUGUUCGGCGGCUCCAACGUUCGGCGAGGAUGUUCUGAUCCCCGCGAUCCGUGGAGCAAUCAAAGGCCCGAAAACGCAGUUUCUUAUCGGCAUAUAUGUUGAUGCUGUGCUUGCCUGUAUUCCGCCAGAGAGAGUGGAGUUUUGGUUGAGUCGGGUGGAGCAGACGAGGCCUGUUAUUGCGGAGAGGAUAAAGCUGGGUGAGAUCCCGUCGGUGUGCACUGAAGGUGUCGUCCGGUGGUGGUUUUCUACUGCUGAGGAGGGGGAUAUGGUUAAUAGUCGGUUAUGAGCCGGUCUACGAGAGUCAAUUUAGAUAACAGCCAUAAUCAACAUAUACAGAACAAUUGAAAAAGCAUUUACUAUCGAUAUAGAAUACAAUGAAAGCAGAAAGCA